AUGCAGCUGCAAUCAAACUGGAGCGCUAUUGGUGUAGGCAAAGGCAUACACCAGUGGAGCUUGGGAUCAUCACAAACGAGCCUCCAAGCGAGGGUGUUGCUGCUGCCCGGGGCGUCUGCGUCACUGUCGCAUCGACCCGUCAGACAGGCGCAACUCGGUAUCAAAAGCCGCCUCAAGUCACACCAGUUCUUCCAGCUGACCAGCAGAGUGUGGUCAGUAGCAGCAGCAGCAUCCUCCGGAAGUGGCAGUGGGCGCCACAACAACAACAUGGUGGUGAUGGGGGGCUCUCUUCGGGGUCCAGAGGCGCAGCAGGCAGUGGCCACCGCGUCGGCAGCUGCUGGAGUGGGCACCGCGAUGCAGCAACAGCAGCAGCAGCUGCCGCAGCAGCCCCAGCAACUCGCGGCUGGACCCGUUUCGCCGUCUUGCAUUUCGUUGAGUGUUUCCUCCGGGGCCGUGGUGGCUCCAGAUCUGGAUUACACGGUGGUAUUGGACAUGCUCCAUAAGAAUGCGGCUGCCAACCAAGACGCCUCCCACGGGGGCGGUGUGGUGCUGGGGUUGACCAGCCCGGUGGGGCCCACGGACAUGCUGGAUGUGGUGAUCGGCCAGCUCAACUUCAAGCGCCUCCUGGCAUGUGCUCGCAACAAGCUGUGGUGGAUGACCCCCGAAUGGCGCACCGCCAGCUGGGCUCUGCCGCCCGAGACGCAGUUCCUGCUGGCGGAGAUGGCCGCUGCGGGGCCUUACGUGGUGCUGCUGCCGCUCAUCGACGGGGACUUCCGGGGCACCCUGAGACCGCCGGCAAACCCAUCCAGUGACGUGAAUACGGUCAAAGUGCCUCUUGAGCUGCUAACCGAUAUUUCCUACAUCGGCUACACGGUAAGGGACAACUAA